AUGCCGGAUGGAACGGAAAGGCCAGUCAUGUACGCCUCGAGGACACUAACGGAAGCAGAAAAAAGGUAUGCUACAGUUGACAAGGAAGCACUGGCGUUAGUUUUUGCCGUGAAGAAGUUUAGACAAUACCUCAGUGGAAGACAUUUCAAGGUGAGGACGGACCACAAGCCACUUGAAAGAAUAUUUGGAAUGCAUCGAGAUCUUACCAAAGUAGUAAACAACCGCUUGGUUCGUUGGGCUUUGUAUUUAAUGGAGUAUGAUUUUGAGAUCCAGUACAUCAAGGGACAGGAUAAUUGUGUGGCUGAUUUUUUGUCUCGGUUUUCACUCAAGACACAAGAAGUAUUAGAUCCAGAUGAGAGAGAGAUUCGAGCAUUGGUUCAGGAGAAAAUUGACGUAGUUUAUCAAAAUCAUGAACUUGUAAGAGAGUAUAAGAAAGACCCAAAUAUGAAGAAACUUACAGACUACCUGGAGCAUGGUUGGCCAAAAGAUACAGAAAGCUUGCCAUCAUCUAUGAAACCAUAUUGGAAUAAGAGAGAAGAGCUGACAUUAGAAAACGGCAUAAUCAUGCGAUUAGGAAGAAUUGUGGUGCCACAGAUUUUGAGAGAAACUGUAUUGAAAGAACUCCACAAAGGACAUCCUGGAAUAGAGGCCAUGAGAUCCCUAUCAAGGUAUUAUGUUUGGUGGCCUAAUCUGAAUAAGGAUGUUGAGGUUUAUGUCCGUAGAUGCCACCCUUGCCAGAGUAACCGAUCAUUUGACACAGAAGUGCCUCUAUAUCCUUGGAAUGUGCCAAGUGAUCCUUGGGAGAGAAUUCAUCUCGACUUCGCAGGUCCAUUUGACAACCGAUUCUGGUUAGUAGGAAUCGAUGCUUACUCAAAAUGGGUUGAGAUCGAAGUUAUGGACCGUACGACAACUGCUGCUCUUGUAAAUAGAUUAAGGACUUGGUUUUCGAGGUAUGGUAUUCCUAAAAAAAUUGUAUCCGAUAAUGGCACCCCAUUCACGUCCCAUGAGCUUAAGACUUUUUGUAAGAACAAUAACAUAUGUCAUGUCACAUCAGCGCCGUAUCAUCCAAAACCCAAUGGUUUAGUGGAGAGGAUUAUCAGAACCUUCAAGAGUCGAUAUGGUGCUUGCAAACAAGAAGGUCUCAGUUCAUCACUUGCACUUUUACAAGUGUUGCUUGCGUAUCGAAACACCCCACAAAAGACCACAGGACAACCACCAUCAGUCCUUUUCUAUGGUAGAAGAUUACCAACAGCUUUGGAUAGGUGGAGGUGUAAUAGCAGAGAGAGAAUAGAAAAUCAAGUGUGGCGACAGAAGUACUACCACGACUUAAAAUCCAAACCAAAGGAGUUUUCUGCCAAACAAGAAGUGUGGGUUCAAAAUGAAACGAAGAAGGGCUGGAGACCAGGGACAGUACAAGAAAGGACGGGAGAGCUGUCGUACACAGUUGUAGUUGGGGGAGAUGUAAAGAGAAAACACGCUGACCAGCUGAGAGCAAGAGAAGGUGCAACUGAUCCACCUCAAUGGAAAAUGCAAAUGGAAACUGAAAAUGAUGAUGUACAUAGUUUCGGAAACUCAGCCUAA